AUGUCAGAAGAAGACGACGAAAUAUACGAUGUCGAAGCAAUUUUAGACCGAAGAAUAAAGAAUGGCUAUGAACAAACAACUUGGGAACCGCGUUCCAAUUUAAACUGUGACAAGUUACUUCGUGAAUUUCUCGAUAAAAUAAACCCUAAAGCGACUGAGACGCGAAAAAAGCUUAAGCAAAUUGGUGACGACGAAGUAGAAGUAGCUUCAGAUUCUAAUUCCUCUUCUUCAGAAAAGGUUGCCAUUGAUGAGCUCUCGGUGGAUUCUGAUGUGGGUGUGGAGGAACCUCCUGAACCACCGCCGCCUCUUACAGAAGCAAAAAAGGAAUUCUUAGCGAAGUUGGGAAUAUAUACAACAACUACUGAACCAACAAGAUCAACAACGUCUUCAGUAUCAAGAUCCACCCAACAUAGAGAACUUCUAGAAUCUUCACAGAGUAAUAGUAAAUCGUAUUUGAGAAAACCCCAACUUCGAAAUCCGACUGCAAGCAUCCAAAAGAAAACAGUUAACAAAAAAGAACUUGUAAAGAAAAUGACGUCUGGUAUCAGAAAAACACAACUAGAAGGAAAAAGUCGAUCAAAUUUGCAGCAAAACAAGAUUUAUAAAAUCAGGAAUUCAAUGUAUACAAGAUCAAUGGGUGCUCCUAGCAUCAGUUACCACAUUGACAAUACAAAAGAUGAUAUAAAAGAGAAGCUUUGGUCUAUGAAAAUUCCUAAGAAAACAUCUAAUGAAAUAAGAAUGUCAGAUUUAUCUUCAGAUCUGAAUCAAAUUCAAGACUCUACAUCUUCAAAUACUUUAGAUAAAGAAGUUAUCAAGUUAUCUAAACAAAAGUUAAUUGAAAUAAAAAGCUGGAAAGGUUACUUAUAUAAAAAAGAAAAAACUGAUAGAUAUAUUGCACAAAUUGAAAUUAAAUCUUUAAAUAUGCAAUCAGAUGAAAAAUUAUUUGCGACUUUAAAAUCCGAGAACGAAAUUUACAUGGACUUUAUAAUAACGGAGUCAUCUAUGAUAGACUUUCACAAAGCAGAACCAUUUUCUGCAACAUUGUAUACAAUGACAGCUCUAUCAAACGAAUAUCGAUUUAAGGAUGAGAUCGAAAAAUUAAAACUUGGAAAUAUGAUUGGCAUGAUCUAUGUUCCAAGAACUGAACCUGACGAUGUUAUUUUUGUAUGUGCAUCCGCCUCGAAUCUUUGCAAGGAGCUUAAUAUACAGUUUACGUCAGAAAAAAGUGCAGUCAUCUUUAGAAUGCCUUAUGACUUCUUAUUAAAGCAAACGGUUAAGUAG